UGUCACACACUUUGCGCCUCCUCCCCACCCCCAAAACCUCGCCGUGAUCCGGUGGCCCGUGGAUGCAGCAGCGCGGGCGAUCCUUCAACCGCCGUUCCCGGAGCUUCUCGCGCGCCCGCCUCGCCAUCGAGGGGUCUUAGUCUUGCACGCCCUCUCCCCCGCCGCCGCUAAACCCCCCCCCCCCCUCAGACCUCUAAAAUCUCCCUGAACGAACUGUUCCUGCCGAGAUGGACGUCGCCGCCGCCGCCGCUGUUAACGGAGUGCUUGAGGUGGAGGAGAGGAAGGCGCAGAAGAGCUACUGGGAGGAGCACUCCAAGGACCUCACUGUCGAGGCCAUGAUGCUCGACUCCCGCGCCACCGAUCUCGACAAGGAAGAGCGCCCCGAGAUAUUGUCUUUACUUCCUUCAUAUGAAGGAAAAUCAGUAUUGGAGCUUGGUGCUGGAAUAGGCCGCUUCACUGGAGAACUAGCAAAAACAGCUGGGCAUGUUCUUGCAAUGGAUUUCAUUGAAAGUGUGAUUAAGAAGAAUGAAAGCAUAAACGGCCACCACAAGAAUGCAUCAUUUAUGUGUGCAGAUGUCACAUCUCCUGACUUGAUGAUUGAGGAUAACUCCAUUGAUCUGAUAUUUUCAAACUGGUUGCUGAUGUAUCUUUCAGACGAGGAGGUUGAGAAGCUAGUAAAAAGAAUGGUAAAGUGGUUAAAGGUUGGUGGCUAUAUCUUCUUUAGGGAAUCUUGUUUCCAUCAGUCCGGAGACUCGAAGAGGAAAGUGAAUCCAACACAUUACCGGGAGCCAAGGUUUUACACUAAGGUGUUUAAAGAGUGUCAAGCUCUUGAUCAAGCUGGGAAUUCCUUUGAACUCUCUCUACUUACUUGCAAGUGUGUUGGAGCUUAUGUGAAAAACAAGAAAAAUCAAAACCAGAUAUGUUGGCUAUGGCAAAAGGUUGAUUCGACAGAAGAUCGGGGAUUUCAAAAAUUUUUGGACAAUGUGCAAUACAAAACCAAUGGAAUAUUGCGGUAUGAACGCAUCUUUGGAGAAGGUUUCGUGAGCACUGGUGGAAUUGAGACUACAAAAGAAUUUGUGGACAAGCUGGAUCUUCGACCUGCACAGAGUGUGCUUGAUGUUGGAUGUGGAAUUGGGGGUGGUGAUUUUUAUAUGGCUGAAAAGUAUGAUGUUCAUGUUGUUGGUAUCGAUCUUUCGAUAAACAUGGUUUCUUUUGCACUUGAGCGUGCAAUUGGGCGUAGCUGCUCAGUUGAGUUUGAAGUUGCUGAUUGCACCACAAAGACAUACCCAGACAAUACGUUUGACGUCAUCUACAGCCGUGACACUAUCCUUCACAUACAAGAUAAACCCUCCCUGUUCAAAUCCUUUUUCAACUGGCUCAAACCUGGGGGUAAGGUUCUAAUUAGCGAUUACUGCAAGUGUCCCGGGAAACCUUCAGAAGAGUUUGCAGCUUACAUUAAGCAAAGGGGUUACGACCUUCACGAUGUCAAGGCUUACGGAAAGAUGCUCGAGAAUGCUGGUUUCCAUGAUGUCGUUGCCGAAGACCGCACCGAUCAGUUCCUCAAUGUUUUACAGAGGGAGCUUGCUGAAGUUGAAAAGAAUAAAAAUGAGUUCGUCUCUGACUUCAGCCAGGAGGACUAUGACGACAUUGUGAAUGGUUGGAAGGCAAAACUUCAAAGGAGUUCAGCUGGUGAGCAGAGGUGGGGGCUGUUCAUCGCGACCAAGUGAUGAACCUAGAUGCCGCAGCCUGGGGGGGAUUUUGCGUGAAACUUUUGAUGUUGGUGUUGGGAAAUAAUCGGGUUCAUUCCGUGUGGCCAUUAGUUAUUAUUUUUGUUGCCCGUUGUUUAAUUCCAUGCAGCGUACUUUGCGUGAAACUUUCGAUGUUGGUGUUUGGAAAUAAGAAAUAAAGUUCUCCCCCAUUGUUUUCGACU